AGCGAGGGAGAUUCAAUCAAAGUAUUUGUUAGAGUACGACCACCAGAUUCCAAAGAUAAUGAAGUGGGAUCUAAAAGAGUUGUGGAUGUUGAUGAAGGAAGGAAAGCUAUUAUUAUGCAGUCCAAACCUGAACCGAAAGUCUUUACUUUUGAUCAGGUUGCUGAUAUUUAUAUAGCCCAGGAAUCAGUAUUUACUGCAGUAGGUAAGAAGAUAAUAGAAGGUUGUGUAACAGGUUAUAAUGGAACUAUAUUUGCUUAUGGCCAGACUGGAUCUGGAAAGACUUUUACUAUGUUAGGACCGUCUGAAGAUGCUGAUAAUUUUCAACAUGAAAUGAGAGGAGUUAUACCUCGUAGUUUUGAAUAUUUAUUUUCUUUAAUCAAUAGAGAACAGGAAGUGCAUGGUGAUAGGAAACAGUUUUUAUGUCGUUGUUCUUUCAUUGAGAUAUAUCAAGAACAAGUAUUUGAUCUAUUAGAUGCUGCCUCUCCCGGAUUACAUUUACGUGAAAAUAUAAAAACUGGAGUAUAUGUGGAUGGUAUUAUUGAACAAACUGUAGCUAAUGCCAGUGAAGCUUAUCAGGUCCUGAAUGCUGGGUGGAUUAAUAGAAGGGUAGCUGCUACAUCUAUGAAUCGUGAAAGUUCUAGAAGUCAUGCUGUAUUUACUGUCUCUAUAGAAUCUAAGGAACAAAAAGGUGGUGUACAGAAUUUAAAAACAUCCCAGUUAAAUCUAGUAGAUUUAGCUGGUAGUGAAAGACAGAAGGAUACACAUGCUGUUGGAGCUAGGUUGAAGGAAGCUGGUAGUAUCAACAAAUCACUAUCUGUACUAGGUAAUGUUAUCAUGUCUUUAGGUGAUAUAGCUCAUGGUAAAAGUAGACAUGUUCCAUACCGUGAUUCUAAACUUACAUUUUUAUUGAGGGAUUCUUUAGGUGGUAAUGCAAAAACUCAUAUUGUAGCUUGUGUUCAUCCGGGAUCAAGAUGUUUUGGAGAAACUUUAUCAACGUUGAUGUUUGCCAGAAGAGCUAAAAUGAUUAAAAACAAGGCUGUAUUAAAUGAAGAUACACAAGGAAAUUUAAUGCAUUUACAAGCUGAAAUUCGUAGAUUAAAAGAAAUGUUAGCUCAGUAUAUGGAUGGUAAUAUUCCUAAAUCAAUAACACCAACAGAUUCAACUCAACCUGUGUCUUCAACAUCAGAUCAGUCAGAAUGGAAGAACUAUUUUCUAGAAGCAAUGUAUUUCAGAGAAAAAUCAGAACUGGAAAAGAAGAAUUUAUUACAAGAUUUAGGGAAACUGGAAGAAUUAUGUAUGAAGAAAGAGAAAUUUAUACAGUCAACUAAAAUGAUUAUCAAAUUUAGAGAGAAUCAUAUAGCUAGAUUAGAGAAAACUAUUAAAAGUAAAUCUAAUGUUGUAGAGGAUUCAGAAAAAGAUAUGGAAUUAAAGAAUGAAAUUGUAAAUAUCAGGAAUCAAUUAGAACAUCAUCCAGAAUUUGCUAAAUAUGCCAUGGAAGUACAACAUUUACAAUCAGAAUUAAAACAUGCUAAACAUCAGAGUGUACAAUCAACUUUAUCUGAUAAACAACAUUUAGACCAACUUGAAACAACAUUUAGAGAUUUAUAUGCAGUCAAACAACAAUCUUCAGAGAGAUCUAUAUUGAGUCCUACUACUACACCACAACAAACUGAUUCUGUUUCUACAGCUACUAUAGAGAGAUAUAAAUCACAGAUAAAACAACUACAAACUGAUUUAGAUCAGGUGAAGAAACAAGCUGCAGAAGAUAAGGAGUCCAUGGAGAAAAAAAGAGUUGAACUUGAGGCUGAACUAAAAUCAACAAAGAAAAUGAAUUCAGAGUUAGAACAAGUACUAGAGGCUCAUAAACUCAAAAGUAAAAUUGAAAGAGAAACACUGAGUGAUUUACAUGCUCAAACCAUCAAGGUGAUGACAACACCUACAAGAGCUAAAUAUCAUCUACGUAAUCGUACAAUUGUAAGUAAAUUUUCUGGUGAUAGACCAGCUGUCACCUCACCAUUAGAUGAUAGUAUAGAGGAAGAGGCAGGUUCUAUAUUGAAUGAAACACAACCAGCUUUAAUGAUGGAACUAGCUAAUGAAGCUUUAACAGAUGAAGUCAAACAGCUACAGACAACUAACAACAGACUAUCACAGAGAAUAGAAGAAUUUGAAGCUGAUCAGAUAAGAUUAAGACAACAGAUGACUAAGAUUGAGAGUCAGUCAGAACAGUUGAAUGAGGUAAUACCUUUGAAUUUUUCAACCAAGUUUCCCCUCUUCAGUGGAUGCAGGUCGGUGAAACUACAAGAAAUCGUUCUAGUAGUUCAAAUGGGACUAAAUAAGAGGUCCUUGUGCUACAGCCUGUACACAUUAAUGAUCUCUCAACAGAUGGAAAUCAUAAAAGGGUAG